GAACCCCUGGAGACCUUUGCGAGGAAGGCUCAACGGGGUUUAUUUUCAUGCUUUGUACAGGUACAUACGUACAUGCGCACGAUCAGCGUCAUACGUACGCCAGUGUCCCAACAUCGUACAUCUCUGGACGGCAAAAUCGCCCUCCGUCUUCGAAUUGCGAAACGAGCUCCAAAGCCCCAAAAAUGGCGGGUGGUGGAAAGGUCUCCUUUAAAGUCACUCUCACCUCCGAUCCUAAGCUUCCCUUCAAAGUUUUUAGCGUUCCAGAAGCAGCCCCUUUCACGGCUGUUCUGAAAUUCGCAGCCGAAGAGUUCAAAGUUCCUCCCCAAACCAGCGCUAUCAUCACCAAUGAUGGUGUAGGAAUUAAUCCUCAACAAAGUGCCGGUAAUGUCUUCCUUAAACAUGGAUCCGAACUACGCUUGAUUCCUCGUGAUAGGGUUGGAGCUCUCCAAGUAUGCUUUUAGAAGCUGGCGGUAUGGUUUAUUUACUUUCUUGAAAUGGGUUUGAAUCCCCUUGGAAGCAUUUGGUGGGGUUUUGAGUUGAAUGAUUAUUGGACUCUUGGCGCAUUAUACUGGUGUAAUUUUCCUGCCUCAUAAUAUUACCAGUAACACCAGUGUAAUAGAUACGCAAGCAGUGUAACCUCUUAUCUAAAUAUAAUAAAAUGGCUAUAACAUUAAACUA